GGAAUGGCUGGUUCAUGUCGAUAUGCGCAAGGCCAUCGCCCAGCUGUGCGGGUAUCUGUCGGCCGCCGUGUACUUGGGCGCAUAUUUCCCGCAAAUACUCGAAAACUACCGCAGCAAAUCGUGCGAGGGCCUAUCGGUCGCCAUGUUCGUCCUGGUCAUCUUCGCAAAUGUCACGUACUGCAUGUCUAUUCUGACAUACCAGCGCCCGACACUGGACUAUCUGCAAAAGUAUGCUGCGUGGCUGCUGGGCGCUGCCGGCACGAUCUGGCUCGAGCUUCUGGUACUGUGGCAAUUCUAUGUGUACCGCGGCAACAGCCGGUGUUGACCAGAGCCACUCAGGAGCAGUAUAGAUUUUUUUUUCUGAAACAGCUUUGCGAUAUCUUCAAUUUAUUUGGCCUGUAAAAGUACGAUACAGUCCCCUUUUCCU